AUGAUCGGAGUAGGCUCGGGGCUUCUCGUGAACGCGAACUUGGCCUUCAUUGUCCAAGCGCGCCUCGGCUCACCUGCUCUCGUCCCCACGCUGGUGUCGGUCUUUUCAAUCUGCAACGUCGGCGGCCGCGUCGCCGUCAGGUGGGUGUCGGAUGCGUCCGUCGGUAUCCUUUCGCGCGGCCACUUUCUUUCUGGCGGUUUGGCGCUCAUGGCGGCGGCGCACCUGAGUUUUCUGUGGGGCUCGCUGGACUCGCUUUAUGUGUUGGUGGCGGCGGCGGGCAUCGUCUAA